CAAUUUUCCACUACUCGAGUCGUUUAUGGACAGACACGUAUAUAUAAAAUCGCACUGCAUUAUGCACCUACAGUGUUUCUAUUCUGCGUGACGGAGUUUUGGCGAUCUAAAGAAAUAUUUAAGGCUCAUUAUAUACCUAGUUAUCGGUUCUUAUCUUGGUACACUUUUUUAUCUACCUAUCCUUUGUUCUGUGCUGACGGUCGAUCAAGUGGUUAAGUGAAAUUGUUUCGUGGUGAUAUUUGGUCUUUUUGCGAAAAUUUAAUUGUUCGUCAUGGGCACGGAACAAUCUAAACCUUCAGAGAGAUAUCCGCAGCAUGUACCUCAUUACAGAGAACGUCAACCAAGGAGUCAGUUCUCUGAAACAGAUGUAGCUGAGUUACUGGAACGCCAGAAGCAACAUUUUGACCAGAAAAUUAAGCAACUACAAAAGGAACAAAAAAGUCCACCAGCUACUACUACCCAACAAUCUCCAUUUGAGUAUGGUGCUGGGAGCAGCAACACUGCUGGCCCAUCAUCGAGUUCCCACCAGUCCACCUACAGUCCGCGAGGCGUAACACCCGUUCAAAUAAGCCCUCCAACUACUUCAGAGAGACUUAGGACUCCUUACAACUACACUCACACGCAGCUGAAGCAAGCAACGGGGCUUCAGGCCACCACCUUGUACCCGAAUUUGCAAACCGCUCAGGCGCAGAGCAAUGUGGCCCAAUCUACUUCGGAUUUUGUCUUUGUCAGUAAUACCGGAAAUGUACAAAGGUGUGUGCCAUCGGCUCCUCCUGCACCUAGGGUGCGCUCGACUUCAAGGCCUCCCUCCCGAGAGCCAAACUCCAAAAGGGACAGCGACAACGAGAUGAAAUGUCCUACUUGCAAGAAAAUGUAUGGACUGACCAUAUUCCAGUGCGCAAAAGGGCACAGCUCUUGCCAUGACUGCAAGCGAUACCGAUCCUGUGGGUUGUGCCAUCAGCCAAUCACUGAUAUGCGAAAUAUCACCCUGGAGGCGCUUAUUGCUGAGAUGAAAGUUAAAUGUCCAAACGAAGAAGAGGGUUGCAAUCUAUUCAUGAAGAUGGCGGAUAUCGAGAACCACGCUAAAGAAUGCCCAUUCCGAGAGUUGCCCUGUCCACUAGCCCCUACUUUUGGAUGUUUUUGGAAAGGAAAACUAUCUCAAGUCGCGCCUCAUUUCGACCACGUUCAUCCUAUGAAUCGCCAAGCAGCCGUUGAUACCGAAAUGACCUUACCCAACCCCCAAAACAACUGCCACAUCGCCCAAUUGGUAAUCAUCGGUAACUUUAACUUCGUCUUUCAUCUGAUUGUCUCCCAAGAAAAGAAAAAUAUGUACUUAGUUGUUCAGCUAAUUGGAACAAAUAUUAGCGCUUCAAAAUGGAUUUAUGAAAUUCACGUCUACCACAAGGGCCAACCACGCAGGAAGUACCAGUAUUCUGAUAUUUGCUAUCCCAUUAAUACCAGUAUGAACGAAAUAAUGUCAGAAGCUAAAUGUGCUGUACUUCCCUUGUCUUAUGCCUCGACUUUUGUAUGUGAUAACAAGAUAAAUUACAAGUUCUACAUUAAGAAUGAAAAGCCUUUUGGAAGAAAUAACAGAGGACGCGGCGGACACCGCAAGUGAAUUUAAUGAUAUCAUUGCCAAUCUUAUGGAUCUAUCACAGUACACUGCUUAGAUCAAAGAUAGGUAGUGAUAUUUAUGCAAGAGCGUUUUUUUUUUCCUUAAAUUUAGUAUUUACCGUCAGUAUUUCUUUUUCUUUAUUUUCUAUUAUGUAUUAUGUUUCUUAGUUUUAGGACAAUCAAUAAAAGAAAUGAUAAUUAAAAAUAUAAUAUACUGAUUUUUAAUUGUAAUUAAAUAUUGCAUUUCUGUCUUUUUAUAAUGUAACUGAAUUUACUUUUAGUUAAUAAGAAUGUAUGAGAAAAAUAAUGUAACCAUAAAUAAUAAUAAUAUGGAACUAAGUGAAUUAAUUAUUGGGAUAUGAAAGAAGACAGCCUUGUGUUAAAUUACGUAGGACUAAUCAGAAGCACGGCCUAUUUAAAUUUGUAAGUCUAUAAUGUUCUCAAAAAAACUCACUAAGUUGAAGAUAAAACUAAUUAAUCGAAUUAGUGAGAACAAACAGCAACUGAUUCUGUUUAAGCAUAGGAUGGCGAAUACCAGAUUUCUUUACAUUAUGCGUAAUGCUAGUGUGGCCAGGUCAUUGGGUUUACCGCUGGCAACGUAAUUAAAUGGUAAAUGGGAAGACCAAGCUCGUAAAAAAAUUAAAUUUUAGGUAGAAUAUAGGUGAUAUAAUGCUGCAAUAUUAUUUGUAUGAUUUGAAAGUAUGUAAUUGGUAACAAUUUGUAGCGGUCGAUAGGUGAUUACAUGAAGAGAGUUAUGAAUGUGGAUGAAGCAAAGGAAGAAUGCAGGGAUCGUGGCAAGUGGAAAGAGAUAGUCUCUGCCUACCCCUCCGGGAAAGAGGCGUGAUUUUAUGUAUGUAUGUAUGUAUAUUAUAUAUAAUUAGUGUUGCAUAUUUCUAUAACAAUUAUCAUUUAAAAUUUAAGAUUUCUUGGGUGAUUUGAAACUAACAUGGUAACAUUUUGUAAGCAUAUUGAAUUUAUUGCCAUAAUUUUGGAUUUGUCUUUAUGAAUUGUAUUUGAUUUUAUUCAAUAAAACAUUUUGGAACAUG